AUGGAUAUUCCGCUUCCUGGUGAACCAGAUCCACAACUUGCCAAACAUUCAACAGAACUAGAGUCAGUGGACAUCUCUUCUCCUCACAACAUUCCUUUACCAUCUCCACGUACUGUACAGUUACCACCUCGAUCAAAAGUUGAAGAAAGCAAGAACUUGUGUUCUUCGCCACCUCCGUUACCCCCAGGCUCUGUUGAUGGUGAAGAUUCCAAUCGGUAUGUAAUCUAA